AUGACUUCUGUAGAUGCCAUCCUCGCCGGCAAGUAUCCGGCCAAAGCUCACGCUCGUCGUGUAGCCGAGUCUCUCAAGGCCCGACAUGGUGGGGCUGGAGCUAUCUACCUGGAGGCCCAAAAAACUCGGUUGAUUGAGGAUAGCGAUGAGGAUUUGCCAUUUAGACAGCGUCGUCCUUUCUUCUAUCUCACUGGCUGUCUUUUGCCCAAUGCCGCAGUGGUAUACGAUGCAAUUGCAGAUCAAUUAACCCUGUUCAUUCCACCGAUCGACCCAGAAUCUGUAAUUUGGUCCGGUCUUCCUCUUUCUCCCGAAGAGGCUUCAAAGCUCUACGAUGUGGACCGCGUUCUAUUCACAACCGAUGUCAACUCGACUUUGGCAUCGAUCGCCUCAGCCCAUAAUGGACAAACUGCCGCUUUUGCAAUCGCUGAGCAGGUGUCGGAGGAUACGAGCUUCGAAGGGUUCUCUGAAACAAACACUGCCAGUCUGAAAACUGCCAUUGAGGAUACCCGUGUUGUCAAGGAUGCCUACGAGGUUGCACUUCUGCGCAAAGCAAAUGAAAUCUCGACCAAAGCCCACAUCGCGGCUAUCCAUGCCUCCAAGACCGCGACCAACGAGCGGCAGAUUGAGGCCGCCAUUAUCGGCACCUGUAUUGCUAAUGGAUGCCGCGAGCAAUCCUAUCACCCCAUUGUUGCUGGCGGUGAAGGCGGCGCUACACUUCACUAUGUCAGAAACGAUGUUGACCUGGUCGAUCCAAUCACUCAAAAGCGGAAGAAUAACGUUCUCAUCGAUGCUGGCGGUGAAUACCAAACUUACUGUGCUGAUAUCACGCGUGUCAUUCCUCUGAAUGGACGAUUUGCGCCUGAGACCCGCCAGAUCUACGAGAUUGUCCUCCAGAUGCAGACCGAAUGUAUUGCCAUGUUGAAGGAAGGCGUGAGCUGGGAUGAUGUGCACGCGCUGGCACAUCGUAUUGCCAUCCGCGGUCUGUUGAAGCUAGGUAUCCUGCGCGGAUCCGAAGACGAGUUGUUCGAGAAACGCGUCAGCGUAGCCUUCUUCCCGCAUGGCCUUGGGCACUACCUUGGAAUGGAUACCCAUGACACCGGUGGCAACCCCAAUUAUGAGGACAGUGAUUCCAUGUUCCGUUAUCUGCGUAUUCGCGCUAACCUGCCGGCUGGCUCUGUGGUCACGGUCGAACCUGGUAUCUAUUUCUGUCGCUUUAUCAUCGAUCCUAUCUUGAAGGCCCCCGAGACCGGUAAGUAUAUCGAUACCGAGGUCCUAGAGCGGUACUGGAGCGUGGGUGGAGUGCGUAUCGAAGACAACAUCCACAUCACCAAAGAUGGCUCUGAGAAUUUGACGACCGCUCCGAAAGCCAUUGAGGAGGUGGAGAGCCUGGCCUCGUAA